AUGCUGGAUCUCACUUUGGUAUUUCUACUUUUACUCGUUGCCCAGUUCAUUCUGUUAUGCUGCAAUAAGGAAAAAAAGAAGUUUCCCAAUGCGUUUAUGGAGGGUUACCAAGCUGGAAACAAAGGUUCACAAGAAGGGAUCGGGUCUGCAGAACCAUUUGGAUCUAAAGAGGGGAUGGGUUCUGGGGAGAGAAUGGGUUCUGCGGACAGAAUGGGGUCUGCGGAUAGAAUGGGUUCUGGAGAAAACAUUCGACCACCGGAGCAGAAGAAUGUUGUUGUUCCCACAUUCGAUCCAAACUACCAGACGCUUGCAGGUCUGAACAACGCUGAUAUCUUCCAGAAUAAGGGAGGUGGAGGACAGUUUGUGCCACCAGCACAGAAUAAGAAUAAAAUGGCCGCCACAUUUGAUCCGAACUACCAGACCCUUGCCGGACUCAACAACGACGAUAUCUUCAAGAAAAAGGAUAAUGGUCCACCAGUUGGUGCUGCUGGUGCCGGAAAACCCGGCAUAAAACCUGCACCGCCCCCGCCAGGCGGCCCUAAAAUGGCUGCAACGUUUGACCCCAACUAUCAAACUCUCGCUGGUCUUAACAAUGAUGACGUAUUCAAACCAAAAGGUGGACCCCCACCUCAGCCGGCAUUUAAUAAACCAGCAUUCGGAGGUAAUCUUCCAAAACCACCUGCUCCGCCUAAAGGGGGUGGUCCAAAGAUGGUCGGUACGUUCGAUCCGAACUAUCAGACGCUUGCUGGACUCAAUAAUGACGAUGUUUUCAAACCAAAGGGAGGCGGUGGAGCUUUCGGUGGACGAUACUGA